AUGAGUCAAGAACAGCCCAUGAAGCCUGAAUCUCAGGAAAAUCCUCAUGAUCAAGGCAAUGCUGCUGCAACAAUGCAAUCAGCCGAAAAUCGCAUGUACGGACAAGUACAGAAAGGAGGUCCAGCAGCCAUGAUGCAGUCUGUAGGCAGCAAUAUUGGUGCUGAUAAAGGUGUAGUAAUCACUGAGACUAAUGUGGCCGGCAAGCGGAUAAUCUCCGAAUCAAUUGGUGGACAGGUUAUUGGGCAAGACAUUCUACCAGCUCCACUUGCCUCAGAAACUGUGCAUGAACAAAGAGGCAACAUCACAAUUGGUGAAGCACUUGAAGCUACUGCAUUGACAGCAGGACACAAGCCUGUCGAUUAUAGCGAUGCAGCCGCAAUACAAGCUGCCGAAGUGAGGGCAACUGGCCGUACCAAUAUUGUGCCCGGUGGUGUUGCUGCCGCUGCACAAUCUGCAGCAACUCGCAACGCUCGCAUGACAAGGGACGAGGAUAAAACCAAAUUGGGCGACAUUCUCAUGGAUGCAAGCUCAAAGUUACCCUCAGAUAAAUCAGUGACGCGUCGAGAUGCUGAGGGGGUGAUAGGCGCCGAGCUGAGAAACAAUCCCAAUCUAUGCACUCGUCCAGGGGGUGUAGCGGCCUCUGUGGCUGCAGCUGCAAGGCUUAACCAGAGUAACAUUCAAUCUCCCACUCGGCAGGAUAAAUAA